AUGGCAAAGAACGCCGACGAGACAGAGAUGGCUACAACCCAAAGCAUUGUUGAUAGCAAAGCCAGAGAGCGAGCUUUCAUUGAGUGGCUUAAGGGUUACCUGGAUACGAUCGCGUUAAUUGCUGGGCUCGGGAGCUCAAUCACAUUCUCCAUUAUCGUUGCAGAAAUCGUUGACCCUUCUUCACUCGGGUCAAUGAAGAAUGGUGUUGUAUUCGACCUGGACCAAGUUAGGUUAAUUAUAUCUCUUGGUUGGUGCGUCUUCACUAUCGCCGUAGGAAUCGCCAUCUUUGCCAAGAUCCUUUUCAUCGAUCCAAUCGCUCAGCGCAAUCUUGAAAAGAAUAUGAAGUCCAGUCUUUUUCAAUAUCAGCUAGGAGUUGUUCUGUUUCUCCUCAACCUGUUGCCGACCAUGGCUUUUACGCUUAUAUCACUGGCGGUUACCGCGUAUGUGCCAGUGGUGGGCUGGUUGGCAACAGGAUGCUCUGGGCUUGCUGGGUUGCUUGCCUUGGUCAUGUCCAUUGGUGUGCUCGAUAUAGGGCCUUCCAUCCCACGACUUUUACGCGAUAUCUCGGUAUGCAUUCACCUAUCGUAG